UCAGCCAAUCCCGAGACUCUGCGGCGCAAGGCCCGGUCCUCACAGGAGCCAGGGUAGAGGCCUCUGCUGUGAUCACCUUGUCCCUGUGCCUCCGUCCUCGCCCAGUGUGGUCUUCCACAGGGAAACUUUCCUUCCGGCCAACCCUUCCACCUGCAGUGGCUCCCCACAUAUCCAGACUCCAAGCACAGACUGAAGGCAGCAAGGCCUGGAAGAAGGUCAAGAUGGGGUUUAUAUUUUCAAAAUCCAUGAAUGAAAACCUGAAAAAUCAACAGGAAUUCAUGCUUAUGAAUGCUCGACUUCAGCUGGAAAGGCAGCUAAUGUUGCAGAAUGAAAUGAGGGAAAGACAAAUGGCCAUGCAGAUUGCUUGGUCUCGGGAGUUCCUCAAGUAUUUUGGAACUUUUUUUGGCCUUGCAACCAUCUCAUUAACAGCUGGAGCAAUGAGACGAAAGAAGCCAGCCUUUCUCCUCCCUAUUGUUCCAUUAAGCUUUAUCUUCACCUACCAGUAUGACUUGGGUUAUGGGACCCUUCUACAACGAAUGAAAGGUGAAGCAGAGGACAUCCUGGAAACAGAAAAGAGUAAGUUGCAACUGCCAGGAGGAAUGAUCACUUUUGAAAGCCUUGAAAAAGCCAGAAGGGAACAGAGUAGAUUCUUCAUAGACAAAUGAAAUCAUGUUUAUCUACCAAAUCUCAAAACACAGAAUUGUCGGUUUGAAUCAUGGUUUUUACAAUUUUUUAAAUGUGCAAGAUUUUGAUAUAAUGACCUUUAUUUUAAAAUAUUAAAAUAUGAGUUUUGUUGAACUAUUUAAAAAUAAAGUUUAUAAUAUCUCUCUCACUGUCAAAUAAAUAAAACAUAAAUUUUAUAAUAAACAGCACAAAAUCAAAGGUACUCUAAACAACUUUCAGAUU